GGAAACACCAAUGAGUUUUUUGACGAGACCACAGUCGUGACGCUUUUCUAGAUGACCUCACCUGACAUGGUUUGACCAACUAAAAUGGAGAUGUUAGUGUGCGACCUCCCAGACGAGGUACUCUACCACAUCUUCAGGUUUGUGUCAGGUGGAACUCUACUCCAGUUAAGAUGUGUCUGUUCUCACUGGUACAGAGUUAUCUCUCACAUCGUCAAGAAGCCUCUCACUUGGAAGGAAAGAUGCUUUGCUGAAAUUGCAGAGCCGAUUCUGUUAGAUCUGACUUUCUCAAGUGAUUUGAAACUUUUGGCAAAAGGAUGUGUUGUUUGUGGUUGCAUCUGUGGAACUGAUGGAGCAAAACAAUGCUGUCAGGAGAGACAGCUUGAUCCUUCUUCCCUCCACAUUGAGGCAUCUGCUUGGCUAAAGAUCUACAUGAUGUGGUGGCGGAGUAGAAAGGUUGGCUCUGGUAAAGAACUGAAGACACUCAUUUCUGCCAAGGCUGCAAUGACUGCUGUAAAAUAUAAUGGAGACUAUAUAGUUGGUGCUACCAAAGUUGGGACUAUUGAGAUUUGGAAUCAUCUGACAGGUGCAUGUGUUGCAAACUUCCUCGCCAACUUUUACAACAUUGUAGAUUUGAAGUUGAUUCCUCUCCAAGAAUUUGGUAUUAACUCGUUACCGAAGGAACAUCUUGGUAACAUGUCGACUACAAGACUUGUGACAGCAGGGAUCGAUAGGAGUAUUACAGUGUAUGACAUCAAACCAGAUCUUUUAAAUGACACGUACAGGAAUGACACUUACUGGAAGAACAGUUCCUCAACUCGCAUUGUAGGUCUUGGAAUUUGGAGUCACAGGAUCAUUGGAACAUCAGCUGAAAUACUUCAUGCAGGUCAUAAGGUGCUUAACCUGAUUGAAAAGAAGGUGGAGUGUUACCUGGCUGGUCACAAAUCCUACCCACAGUGUAUAGACUUCUGGAAAAACAAGGUGCUAUCUGGAACCACCCAGGGCAAUCUGUUGAGGUGGAGGUUAGAUGAUUGCCCAGUCCUAGACGAGGAUGACUCGAUGACCCCAAUGCUGGAGGCAGAGGUGGUUGCAGAAUUUCACAAUGUGAUCGUCAAUGUUAUUUACAGAGAUAGUUUGAUAUUAUUGAUAAAAUCUCCUGGUACUCUCUGCAUCAGCACAGAUGAUGGUGUGACAUUCUGUGAGAUUUUCCCUAUGGAGAUAUUGAGUUGCUUGGCCAAACUGGUGGCUUUGAAGGGCACACUAUUUGCCUUGUGUACUAGUUCAGGUUUGGUAUUUCUCUAUCACAUGGAUGAUUACAAAAACUUUGACCAGCUUGACCUGUCAGCUUACAAGGUGUGUAUUCAGACUGGUGCCGAAACGGUUUACGACAUAGAUAUUGGAGAUGAUGGUGACGGCCCUAUGGUCACCAUAGCAACUAAUGAUUCAACUCUGUGUGUCAGAUGGAUAGAUCUUGAUAGCUGAUCAGGCGCUGUGGUUUUAACUCUGUGGUCUAUGCCCUCUGUUUCCAUCAAUCAAUUUUCGGUUGACAUUUGAAAUUGAAUAUCAAACUGUGAACUGUGUUUUGCACUGUACAAAUGAGGUAUAACCCUUUUGCUGAGGGCGACACGCCUAGCACAUCACGCUCUUGGUUGCACCAUUUCUUAGUAUGCCAAAUGCACUUAGGGUUAAUAAGUUUCAUCCUUAGUAUAUAGAUUGCGACACUUUGAGUAGUUUCAACUGUUCAUUAUUUAUAUCGACUGUCUGCACAGGAUGGCACUCGUUGAAAACUGGCUACCACAGCAAAAGGGUUAACUCUUUGCCUGCCAAACUCGUUCUAGAACGACUGCAACUUCCCACCCGUUUCCUGCCAAACUCGUUCCAGAACGAAAUUAUUAGUUCUCCGUCAUAACACCAGAGGUCAUGUCGGUACUGAACCAGGAAAUGGUUUGAUGUGCUAGGCUUCCAUGCAGACGAUGGUCUGCUCAUUCUAUGCAUGCAUUUCGUUAUUUCAUCAAGUGAAACUGGCGGGAAAAACCACAUGUUUCCUGCCGAUAGAAGCAAAACCUGCAAAGUACCCCUCUGCAAAGGUGAUUGUUUCAAUGACUACCAUGGAAAAAAGCAGUACAACUGAUUUGUAGGUGAAAGAGUAAGCUGAAACAAAGAAAAUCAAACAGGUUUCAAGGAUAUAUGUCUUCUUGUUUUUUUAAAAAAAUUAUUGAAAAUCUGGUUAAAAAUAGUGAAAUCGUGGCAAACUGGGGGAUAUUAAUUAAAAAUAGCUGUGGCAGGGAAAGAGUUAAGCAGGAGAACGUGAUGCUUUCACUUCCUGCUGGAUGCUUUUACAGUUACCUCGAGUUUGCUCUUCUUCAUGUGUUUGAACCACACUGACCAAAGGAUAGUAAAUGGUUUAGUACGUCUAGAUGUCACGCUUGGGGCUGGGGUUAAAAUGCCAUGAAGAGCAAUAUCUUUAGGCUUGGUUUAUAUAGAGCUCACGUUUUCACAUGUAACACGUCACUUUUCACUUGAUUUUCAUGACAUGAAAGGCAAUGUUUUCCUUAUCAAAUAUAAUGAAUAAGACUUCUGGAUGUUGAUCUAGACUUUAUUAGCUGACAUGGGUGAGCUUAUCUCAUCACGUCUUGUCCGUCAUCUGUCCUUCCGUCCGUCAACAAUAGGGGCACAUUUGCUCACUAUUGAGUCUAGAAAGUUGAAACUUGGUGUGAGGAUGUCUUAUGACAAUGUAACACAAUUGACAUUUGUAGCUGCCUCUGGCCCUUUGACAUAAAGAGAACUGACGACCAGUAGAACUGGAGUUUACAACAUUGUAUUAAUGGGUAAAAUCUGAAAAGAUACAAAAUGUGUGAACGUAAGCAACAGCAUAAAAACUGCAUUAACUAAAAUAUGCAGACAUAA